AUGGCACACGUCGAUGUCCCAGCGACUCAAAAGGCCUUUGUGCCACUAGAAAACAACCCGGAAGUAAUGUCCCACCUAGUCCACCAACUAGGCCUCGCCCCAAACCUAGGCUUCACAGACGUAUUCUCGAUCGACGAGCCCGACCUACUAGCAUUCGUCCCGCGCCCCUCCCAAGCCCUCCUCCUCGUCUUCCCCGUCUCCCAAACCUACGAAGCCUCCCGCGAAGCCGAAGACGCCUCCAAACCAACCUACACCGGCUCCGGGCCCUCCGAGCCCGUAAUGUGGUUCAAGCAAACCAUCCGGAACGCAUGCGGGCUGAUCGGGCUGCUGCACGCGGUCUCGAACGGCGAGGCCCGGAGACAUGUCAUCGCCGGCUCGGAUUUGGAUACGUUGCUCCGCGAAGCGGAGGGACUGGAGCCCGCGCCGCGCGCGGAUCUGCUGUAUGAUAGUAAGGCGCUGGAAAGUGCGCAUGCUGAUGCGGCGAAAUUGGGGGAUACGGCUGCGCCGUUGGCGGAGGAUAAUGUUGAUUUGCAUUUUGUUGCUUUUGUUAGGGGGCUUGAUGGGACACUUUGGGAGUUGGAUGGGAGGAGGAAGGGGCCGUUGGCUAGGGGGGUUUUGAAGGAAGGGGAGGAUGCGCUUAGUGAGGCUGCGUUGAAGUUGGGGGUUAGGAGGUUUUUGAAGAUGGAGGCGCAAGGUGGGAAUCCGGAUUUGAGGUUUAGUUUGGUUAGUUUGGGGCCUUUGUUUGAUUAG